CUCGGCCAGUCGGCCGGCUCCUACUGAUGCAUCAGGAGCCAGCCUUCGGCUCUGAACCCUACCGCGAACGGCGCCGCCGCAUUCCCGUACCAUCUGGUGCUCACUGCUCCGGGCCCCGACCUCAGGAACUCGUCCAAUCGUCCUCGGGCUGUCCAGGCAUCUGCUCAUCGAAGGGCACCAAUUGAUGUCCGCGUCAAUUGAAAUCCAGAGCAAGAGCAAGACUCAACAUGGACACCCUUCAUCUUGUGCACGUCAAGCUUCUGGCUUCCGACCUCCUCACGCUAACUCCCCGACAUACAUCGCCGGCUUCCUUUGUUCGCUGUGGCCGUACGGUUGCUCGUGCCGAGGUUGUCGGGGUCGUUGUUUCACGUGACCGCAGGGAGAAGUUUCUGCGCUUCCUGGUUGAUGAUGGCACUGGCUGUGUACCAUGUGUCCUGUGGCUGAACCACCAGUACCUAAAUGCGAACAGCUCAUCCGAUUCUGAUCCAACUGGAGAGAUGGCAUCGAAAAUGUCGGAGGUGGUACGCCUGGGCACCCUGUUGAGGGUUCGUGGGAGGAUUGUCAUGUACCAUGGAACAAUUCAGAUUGCUGCUAGAGACGUGGUCCUAGAGGAGGACCCUAAUGUGGAGGUUCUACAUUGGUUACAGUGCGUUCACAUGGCCAAGGAAUGUUAUGAUUUGCCACUACCUUCUGCUUGAGGUUUGCCUUGGAGGAUCUUAUGCUCUGUGUUUCUUUCUGUGGUUACUGUUGAGCCAAACAUCGUUAAUCAAAUGCCUUUUUUGGUUAACUGCAUCUGAUUUA